UAUUUGGCAUUAUACAUAUUAUUUUCGCAAUUAAUCUCCGUCCAAUCAUUUGUCAGUAUCAGGUCCGAUGUGUUGUAAGCGUCGUAACACUCGUAGCGUGGCAUUACAUGGAAACGCUCAUUGUGAUGAGAGUUUUUUUUAUAGGCAACGGUGGAGCGGGUGGAGUAAUCGGAGUAACGUCGGUCAUAAAAGUCGGCGUUGAAUCACGUCACGGAUGGCGCGGGGAGCGUUGCGCGCUGCAUCUCGUGGUCGCGGCGUGGAUCGAUAAAAUAGAAUGGCCGGUUCGCGCGCGGAAGAGAAACGGAGAGGGAAAACGCGUGUAUGUAUGUACAAGAAAGAUCAGACAGACAGGGUGGGUAGUAGCUAGAGUGGUGAGUGGGUGGAGUGGGCGGCGGUGGCGGACAGCGGUGGCGGUAGUAAGCGAUGGUGCGGUGCGGCGCGGCGGCGGUGGCGGCGGCGAGCAUAAAGAGGAUAGGAUAAUAUCGGUGCGCGUCGGCGUCCUCCCGCGGGAUCUCGUAUCCGGCGCAGCCUCUCGUAGCCGCGAUCUAUACGAUGUAGUUAUGCCGAAGAAGGGCACGCGGCAUGUGAGGGAGUUGGGGAAUACGAAAAGUACCCAGCAGCGGCAACAACGUCAACAACCAGCAGCAGCAGCAGCAGCACCACCACCAUCACCACCACCACCACCACCACCACCACCAUCAUCACAGUCACCGCCGCCCGGUGCGGCGACAACCGUCUCGGAGGUGGCAACAGCGAGACACUUUCGCAGCGUACAUAUCGGUCUGACCAACAGCAAGCGUUGGCUGUCGCUGAAGAAACGCCUGGGCCUGCCGACGGACGAGGAUGUUGCGGUGUACUUGCUGGACCUCGCCGAGUCAGUCGCUGUCACUAGGCAACAGGGUAAAUGCAAUGGAGCAGAGGAUUGGAAGACGACGAAUCAAGAUCAUAGCGAUCGGGACGAGAGAGCUAUCAAGGUUGAAAGCUCGGAUAAGGAAGAUGAUGAUGACGAGGAGGAGGAAGAGGAGGAAGAGGAAGAGCAAGAGCAAGAGCCCGUUCGCAGAAGUUCGAGGAAACAAACUCCUGUGUUAAACAAAGGUGUGCGACUUGAUUCUUCUUCCUGUACGGUAAGCAAGAGCGUAUCGGACGUGCUGGACGAUGCGAUCAAAUUGCACGUGCGACGCAGUUCGAGGUCGAAGCAUCACAAGAACAAGACGAAGCAUCGCAAAGAUAAGCGGAAGAAACGACGACGAAACUCAAAGAACGGCGUCGAAGAUAACGGCGGCGGCGGCGGCGGCUCCAUUGGAGUAGACAAAUUCGAAUGUACCAGUGAGAAUGCAUCGUAUUCGCGAAACGAUUCGGCGGAGAGUAGAGAUUCGAGUAAUCGCAAGAUGACCGUAAUCAAUGAAUUAGAUACUAAAUUAAAAUUAGAUGUAGAGAGCUUUGGAAUCGAUACAAAGGACGUUGAAUCCCCUACGACCAAGACUGAUCACGUAGAUAGUAUAAGAAUUCGAAACGAUGUAAAUAGUUUGGCGAAUAACGACAUCACCACCACGUACAAGAUAAAAGCGAUUGGUGUACCUGGCGAUUUGACGAGGGAUACCUUUGAGAAUAAUAAAACUACCAAGCUCCAUUUUGACGAUACCAUAGUGUCGUCUCUUCCGAAGCAGCACACGUACAACACCGAGGAUUUGAACAAGGACGUAGAAUAUUUAUUGAAUCCUGUACCCAAUGUCAAUGACAACGGCACAGUCGAGACGGCCGUCGAGAACGCAACUGAGAAGAGAAACGAGGCUAGGAUGAUGCGUUGCACAGACUCGCACGAAUAUAAAAAUGCAACGUUCUGCGAUGCAUCGAGGAACGGCGAAUCCAAGGAUGCGGAGGCUGAUCGCAAGCUGAAAAGAAGACGGAAACGUCCUCGUCGUGAUGCGCAAAUCGAAGAAAAUUCCGCAAAGGAUCUCACCGAGAAUAAUUCCGCUUUAGAUUCCGCGUUAGAGGCGACGGUAUUUAAACAUCGACGAAAAAAGCACAAGCAUACAAAUGAGCACAAAAGCAAAAAACAUCACGACGUACGAAAGGCGCCGCAAGACGGCAUCGUUGUUGUUCGAGAAGACGCGUGUCCACCGGAGGCGGCUGAACAGCUGCUAUCCUCGACGGCAGGAUCAGGAUCUAGCAAGAUCACCGAGGAUGGCAAUGAGAACGGAAACGGUGACGAUGAUCCUGAAGCGGGCCUUGAUGGUCUUGACGGUACUACCAACGGCGCAACCGACGACGUCGCGUCGUCAGCAGAACCACAAAGACUCGCGAUCAAGAUCAAACUCUGCCAAGAAUGCAACAGCCGUCAUUUGCAGGACGCGUGCCCUUUGACGACGUCGCAGUACGCGAUAGCCGACGCGAUUUUUUACGAGCAAUGGUUGAGUAGGCACAAGGAGAACGCAGAGAUAAUGAAAGCCAUCACGUCGGAGGACCCAAUGUCGGAAGGUUACGGCAGAUUAGCGUACGACGGCUUCGAGUCGGGUGACGAAUCGCCAACAUCCAGCGAACAAUGCAAGGCCAAACCGAAGGUGCAGAGAGAGGAGAAGCAGCUAGUAGUAGAGAUAGAUCGACCGCUGUAUGCAAGGGAUUCUCUGCCGGAUUGUCUCGAAUUGAAGAUCACUAAUACCGAUCACGGUCUCGGCAUCUAUGCCAAGAACCCGCUUCCGAUAUACGCCAAAUUUGGUCCACUUGUCGGUAUAUCGGUUAGGGAAAUGGACAUUCCGGAUGAUUUUUCUAUGCGCCACAUAUGGGAGAUAGAUAAUAAUGGAAAGAGUACAUAUAUUAGUACUACAAAUCCAUUAAAAAGCAAUUGGAUUCGAUAUAUUAGACCAGCCGAGACGAAGGAGAAGAGAAGCAUAGCGGUAAUCGCUAAGCAUGGCAAAUUAUAUUUUGUUACAACUCAGAAUAUAGCAUCAGGGAUGGAGCUCACUUAUUGGGUAGAGUCACAAUCUUCCACGUGGACGAGAAAAAAUAAAAUCAAUAAAACGAAUUGCGGAGGAUGCAACCUUAUUUUCGCACAUUCGAUAUAUUAUCGAUUGCACUGCUGCAUCUUUCACGACAUGAAUUAUAGUUUAACGAUAAGAAAAUAUCAUUGCAAGGUUUGCGGUGCCACAGUGCUCGGCAAGGAUAACAUUAUGAAACAUGCAGCAGAGUUGCACGAGGGUCGCGGCGCGUAUCAGUGUCAAUAUUGUAAAAAGUUUUUCUUAAGGCUGAAUUACUUAGAAAUGCACCGAACUUACGGAUGCUCACAGAAUCCACAUCGAGCGCGACCGUUAUGCGAUUUCUGUGGCCGUAAAUUUUGUCAGCCACAAAAACUAAAAGUACACAUCAAGAGGAUGCAUAGCGAUAUGGCCGAGGUGCUUAGGGAAUUUCAGUGCAAGUUGUGCUUGAAACUAUUGGGUUCUCGCGCGGCUUUACAGCGGCACAUGAAGGAAGUCCAUCACAAAGACGUUAUUGCCGCAGCCACGUGCGAUCGAUGUGGGAAAAUGUUCCAGAACAAAAGUAAUUUGAAGAUUCACAUGCUGACUCAUAGCGGUGUGAAACCAUUUAAAUGCAAAGAGAACGGCUGUAAGGCAGCUUUCACUACGAAGCAAUGCCUACAGUUCCAUUACAAGAAGGUGCACGGUCUUUCGGAGGAGAUGAUGCCCAAGAUUGAGAGGUCUGUGGCGUACACCUUUGACGCAUACAGCGGUGGCCUCGUUGAGGACAUGCCUUGUGGAAGAAUCAUUCACUGCAACAGAAGAAAUUCUUCACAAGACAAUAGCAAUAGUUUACCGUCUCUGGACGACUGCAGCUCGGAAAGUAAUUUAAAAGUCGAGACAUCGACACCGGUACCAGCAUCGGCAUCAGCAUUAGCAUCGGCACCGUCAACAACACCGACACCGGCAUCGAUAUCGGAAUCAGCAACGGCGUCAACAUCAGCAUCGGCACCCAUAUCAAUAUCAAUAUCAGUAUCAGUAUUGGCAUCAGCAUCGACGGCAGCAGCGAUGGCAAAUUCUGCUCACAACGUCAUUGUGGAUUCAUUACAAAGUAAUGAGGCAAAUUCUACAGUGAAAUAUAAGACGGAACAACAAGAGUCUCAGAUACCGAGUAUGCAAACCGCAACCAGUGAACUUGAUGCAACGACGAUGGAUAAUGGACAGACGGAGGUCGAUCUAUAUGACACAUCGAGAACACAUCUGAUCAAGAGUAGCAAAAAGUGGCUGACUGAAUUUAAUCCGCCGCCUACUUCCGACAUCGCUGUUCAUUUACCGGCGGUCUCGGCGCCGUCUUCUGACAUUUAUGAUUUUGAAGACAGCAGAAAAGAUAGUGGUAGCGAGAAAGCGGUUUCGCGUACCAGCGCGACGGUGCCGAAUUUGAUGGAAAGCAAUAAAUUACGAUUGAACGUGUACCGCAGCAGGACGGAAGGCGCGAGUUUGCUGGUUGAGGCGGCCCUAGAUGCCGCCGAGAGGGACAUAGGAACGGUGUCCAGCCCGAUCUUGGAGGACAACGAUCGCGAGACCAAUCUCUACUCUAUCUCGAGCCAAUUGCAAUCCCCGAUACCGCAAUCGCGAUCACCGAAUCAUUUAGACUCUUAUAUCGUACAGCAAGAGGAGGAACUGAUUUCGCCCGCACCAACCCCGGACGACCGGGGGCACACUCCUCCUAGCCAUUUACACGUGGAUUAUCACUUACAUCGACCUGCGGUCGACUACAUCAACACCUCGCGAACACAUAAUAUCGAGCAGUAUCUGCAUCACGAGGAACUGCCGCGUGUUUCUUCACCGAAUUACAUACACAUGCAGCAAGAAGACUUGGUGUCGCCGUCAGCCACGCCGAAUCAUCGUUAUCAGGACGUGCAUCACCAUCAGGUGCCAACGGAUAAUCUCUCGAGCGACGAGGGUGACUCGGUCGCGCAGAAUCUUAGUUUGUCCGUGAAGGAGAAGGCGUUGCAAUUGGAUCUCUCGACAUCCUACAAGUACGACUCGCUCGAACAGGAUUUCACGCGGGAGAGAUCCAAUUUUGAGCCAUUAGUGCUCAACAGUGGUGAACUUCAGGGUUUAGACAUGUCAGCUCGGGGUUUUCACCACAAUUUUGGCGGCCAGAUGCAAAACACCCGCUAUCAUCAUCACCAUUUGUAUGACAUCGGCGAGCGACAAAGUGUGGACCUCAGCAGAACGGGCAGUUACUCUAUGUCGCCACCCCCGCCACCGCCGCCACCUUAUCCGCACAACGAAGUUGUGCGAGUGGUCAGUUUGGAUCUCACUCCUGGCGGCAGACAUAGUGUCGAUUUGAGUCUCUCUCGAUCACAUCAUCUGCAUGGAUCUGCUACUCGUGUUAUCACCAGCCCACAACCAGGCUCGACUACGACGCACGUAGUAUCCGAUGCCGGAGAAGGUCGAAUGCUGUCUCCACCUCCACCUCCCUUGUCUGGAUACAAUCCCAGUUAUCCCGUAAGUCCAACUCCGUAUCAUCCUCCGAGAUCCGGCUACCACCAUUAUCCCGGUUAUUAUUGAUCAUCUUUAAUGAAUAUCGCGACGGUUUGUACAUUCGACGUCUUCUCGAUAACUUCUCGUUUUAUAGAUCCCCGGUCUUCGAAUCCCGGUCCUUUUAUUAUAAGUACUUUAUUUUUAUCAUACUCUAAACAAGUAAACAACUUUACUUUGUGAUCAUAAAUUAUUUAAAUUUACAUUGUUUUAUAUCUCGCGACACGCUCGUAUCGCAGGCGGGAACUGCCAUUUUCAUACGUUAUAAAAAGCAGCGCAAAGUUAUGCUUUAUUCUCGUGAUCAAUUUAAUAUUUAAGAUGGUGAUAAUGAAAAUUUUGGCAUGCACAAUUGAAAAAGUUAGAAAAAGAAAAACAAAGCUUUUCGACUUAAGAAGACGAUAAAAAAAAUCAAUAUCUCGUACGAUAGACGGUCGUAACACUGUAAUUUAAUGCGAUAAAUGCACAAAAGUGUACACGGUACAUUUCCACGAAGAUUCAGAUCAGAUGUUAUUUUUUUAAAAAAAAAUCAAGUAGCACGAGAUUUUACGCAGAAAAAUCUAUUCCAGCAUGAUGGAGUAUCUAUAGAGGAAAGUUCAUUUAUCCGUAUUUAUAUAGCUGUUAACUUGUUUUUCGUUUACCCUUCUCCAAUAAGCUGUGUAUGCAGAGCAUGCAUGACGUAUGAUGAGUACAUCGUUUUAUAGAAUGAUCGUUAAAGAGAAGGGCAGGAAUAAGGAAAAGGAGAAGGAUACAAAAAGGUAAGAAAACAAAACAGAAUUAUGUCGUAAUCCAGUGCCACGUCCGUGAUAAUUAAGAUUAUUGAAAAAGUUGUUACCUCUUAGCUUAUAUUCUUCUAUUUCGGACCUAUACUCUACCGAGGAAUAAUACUCCAUUUUAACGUGGCUUUGGUGACAGCAGCAUCCCAGAGCAGCAUAAUUUUCGCAAAAAUUACGCGAUUAAAAAUUUAAAAAGCAAAUUAAAUUUUUUCACGAAGAAAAAGAAAGGAUUUAAAAGAUGUCCCCGCAUAUACUAGCAAUAUUUUACUAAAUUGUAUAAAUUCUAUUUAAACACAUUCUUUAACAAUUUGUAAAUAAUAAAAUCAUUUCGAAAUGUGUAUCGUGUUUUUUUUCCCGUUUACAAACAAAUCGUUUGUAAAGUAUGCGUCUGUGUGUGCUAUCUGGGAUGCUCUAAUAUUUGUGAAAUUUGUCAAGUUAUCAAAAUGCCUAACGCGGUAGCUAUAAGUAUAUCUUUGCAUGGUGAUAACAGAUUGUAAUGUUUGUUUUUAUCUAGUCAUUAUAUAUUAGCAAAGGUGGAUUAGCCAUAAGUUACGAUGAGUAUUUCAGCGAUCGCAAAUAAUUUGUCCAAACAUGUAUUUACAUGUAUUACAUGUAUUUUAUCGUGAAUGCAAAUUCAAACUUGUAUGAAUUUUGUUUAAAAUCUUACGUUUUUUCGCCGAUUAAUCUAGUAAGAUUAGUGAUAUGAACGUAUUCCAUUAUUGAAAUAAAACGCAACGUUUUACAAGUUCUAUUUUAUGAAACUGACAUAAUAUUAUAUUAUGUUUCAUUAAACUUGUAGACAUUAUUUACGCUUAAAAAACAUGCGUGCGAUAGCGAUUGCAUUUCUCAAAAAAGGGAAAAUGCGCGCGCGCGCGCGCGCGCGCGAGCGUGUGUGUGCGUGUGCGUGUGCGUGUGUGUGUGUGUGCGUGCGUGCGGGCGUGCGUGCGUGCGUGCGCGCAAUAUCGAUGUAUUUCACGCAAAUGUGCGUAUGAAGGCGAUACGAUUUAUAAGGUCUCCUGCAAACGCGUUAAUUUUCGCUUCCAGAUUUCUGGAUUUACUCUCUUUAGCAAUUUAUCGAAACCAAAGAUCUAAAAAUAUUGUAACUCUUGUGCCAAAUCGAAAGGCGCUCAUUGUUAUAUUAUAUUAUUGUAUACAUGCAACUUUUAGCAAAACAUAGCCAUUAAAGAGAAGGCAACGCGCGCGUAAUGUCUGUCACUUUUGCCAUACUUUUCAUUGGUUAUUAUAUGUUCAACUAUAGGUAUUUCACCCGCGUGAAUAGUUUUACAAUUAUUCUAAUUGUAAGAAUAUUUUGUUAAUUUCUUUUAUGUAGUUUUUUUUUACAAUGCUUCUGCCAUUAAAGAAAGUUACCAUUUCAUUUUUAUUUUAA